GGUUAUGGUGGGCAAUGGGCUUUAUAGUUUAUGGUAAUGAGAGGAGAUAAGCUGAUAAUGCCGUGUGUGUGGCCCCAUCAAUCCAUGCGUGACUUUAUUAAUAAAUGCAUGUGGUCGCUGGCUAGCUGCUUGUAGUGCGCCAAUGACAGGCGAUAAGACAGCAACGCCGAGGGUCUCCUUUCAGCAGGAGCAAAAGGAUCUGGAGCAGGCCAAUUGGCUGAGUCGUAGUCGCAAGAAUCAACCGCAAUGGAAUGCUCUAGGCGCCAGUUCACUCAUUUUUGUCUCGGGCGGCAUGAGUCUGGUCUGGGGCACGGGAUUCGCAGAACAUUCGCUGCACGUAGAGCUGCUCAAGAUGGAUCUCCACAUACAGAUCUGUUGGUAUGGCGCCGCCUUGCUGGGCGCCCUGGUCAGCGCCUUCCUCACGCAUCGCACGCCACAGCGUCCAAUAUAUAUCUUUAGCUCCUGCCUCGUGCUGAUGUGUGGUGUGCUCUUUCUCACGCUGCCCGGGCGAGCGAAUGCCAUCAUCGCAGCACGCUAUCUGGAUGGCUUCGCCAAUGGCCUCGUCUUUGUGCCCACCAUGAGCACUGUGGGCGAGUUGUCGGUGCGCGAGAUGCGCGGCGUUUUGGCCGCCUCCGUGGAGCAGCUGAGCUGCAACUUUGGCAUUUUCAUACAGCUCUUCUACACCGCCAUCUGGAACAGCGGAUGGAAUCUGACGAUUGUGGCCGAUCAGGUGCACGGCUUGCUAAGUAUCUUCUUUGGCGUUGCAGCCUUGGCCUUGGCCCUGACUCUCUGUGUCGAGUCUCCCGUUUACUUGCUGCUGCGGCGCAGCGAACAGGCUGCUGUGGUAGCAUUACGGCACUUGCAACGUCCGUCGAUGGUCACGAGCGAGACCUUUCUGCUGCUGGACGAGCACAAGCGUUAUGUGGCCUACAACCGAGAUCUCUUGUGGUGCCAGAGCAUUCAACGAGGUCUCGUGCCCCUGCUCAAGAUCCUUGUCCAUCGCUCGCUCUAUGCGCUCAGCCUGACGCCGCUCAUCUGGUUGGCCCUCUAUCUGACAGCCGUGGAAUUGACGCCCUACUUUCACACCUGGCCCUAUGCUGUCUUUGGCAUUCUGCGUUGGACUGGCAGCUGCUGUGUUGUCUUCCUCAUGGACUCGGGUGGUCGCAAGAAGCCAUCGCUAUUUGGCAGCUUUGCCGGCGGUGUUUUUGCCAUUGCCUUUGCUAUGUUGUUCCAGCGCACACCUCACAUGAUUUCAGCCUUGGCGAUGGUGUUCAGUUUUCAGUUCUUUGCCGGCGUGACACAUGCUUCCUCAGCCGUCUACUUGACUGAGGCAUUUCCGCUUCUGGUCAAACCCUAUUUCGUGGCCUUCGUCUACAUCUUCGAGUUGUCGAUCAGGAUUGCACUUUGCUGUUUUACACCUAGUUCAUCGGAUAUAGUCGUCUAUUUUUAUGUGCUGGGUGGCACUUCCAUUAGCUUCUUCUUGUUGGGCAUCUUUUGUUUGCCAGAGACGAAGCUCACAUCGCUGGCGAAAGCUCACCUCAAGAUACGCAAAUGGUUUAAUGAGGAUUUCUAGUCGAUGAAUCACAUUUAAUACCUUCAAUAAAACUGAGAGAGUACAUAAAAAAUACUUAUCGAAUCAAUAUAA